AUCAAGACUUCCUUCUGUGCUCCUGGAGAAUACCUCCUGCGCCAAGGGGAUGCUUUGCAAGCAAAUUAUUUUGUCUGUUCCGGCUCAAUGGAAGUUUUGAAGGACAAUAUGGUGCUGGCAAUUCUUGGUAAAGGUGAUCUCAUUGGUGCUGACAUCACCAGCAAAGACCAGGUGGUUAAAACAAAUGCUGACGUGAAAGCGCUAACAUACUGCGACCUGCAGUACCUCACUCUACGAGGGCUUCUGGAAGUACUGGAACUGUACCCUGAGUAUUCCAGCAAAUUCAUGGCAGACAUCCACCAUGACCUGACGUUUAAUCUACGGGAAGGCAGUGAGACCGAUGGCUACUACAGGUUUUCCCGUUCACCACGACUAUCACAGCCACGCCCAGAAUCUGGUACUACCCCUGAUAAGAAGUUAGCC